ACUGCAUUUCAAUAGGAGAGAUGCGACUGAAGAGCUCCAACAACCUGCUUCUCCAUUGAGUUAUUAGAACAUAGAUUACAGAAAUACAGCAAUCUAUGGCAUCGAAAAGAAAACUAGAACAGUCCUAUAAACAUUAGAUGGUUGAGAUAUCUUUCCUCCGGCUGUAAAUUUCAUCUCGUCGUCCACGCCAUCUCGCCAUCUCCCGACAGUGACCUACCAGGAAAAAGUCAAUAAGUUCUAUGGCUGAACCAGAGUUGCUGCUUGACUCCAACAUACGACUAUGGGUGGUGCUGCCCAUUGUCUUCAUCACAUUUCUAGUGGGGGUCAUUCGGCAUUAUGUAUCAAUUCUUCUUCAAAGCGACAAAAAGCUCACCCUAGAGCAAGUGUCUGACAGUCAGGUUCUAAUUCGCAGCAGAAUCCUAAGGGAGAAUGGGAAAUAUAUUCCAAAGCAGUCAUUUUUGAUGAGGAAAUUCUAUUUCAACAAUCAAGAAGAUGGAUUUUUCAAGAAGACCAAAAGAAAAGUGGUUCCACCAUCUCCAAUGACAGAUCCAAGUAUGUUGACAGACAUGAUGAAAGGAAAUGUGACCAAUGUGCUUCCCAUGAUUCUCAUUGGAGGGUGGAUAAACUGGACCUUUUCUGGAUUUGUAACAACCAAGGUUCCAUUUCCCCUCACAUUGCGCUUUAAACCUAUGCUACAACAAGGAAUAGAGCUGCUCUCCCUGGAUGCUUCCUGGGUAAGCUCAGCAUCAUGGUACUUCCUUAAUGUCUUUGGACUAAGAAGCAUGUACUCAUUAAUCCUUGGACAGGACAAUGGUGCCGAUCAGUCCAGGAUUAUGCAGGAGCAAAUGAGUGGUGCAGCUAUGGCAAUGCCAGCAGAUACAAAUAAGGCAUUUAAGGCUGAGUGGGAGGCACUAGAGCUGACAGACCACCAGUGGGCGCUGGAGAGUGUGGAGGACGACCUCAUGAGCAGAGAGCUGGACUUUGAUGGCAUGUUCAGCAAAGAGUUACCCACCGGUAUCUUCUAAACAUCUGAAGCCUUCACAUCUACUUCUCACAGGGAUUGGUUUUGGUUAAGAACAGAAAUGGGCCAGAUUCCUUAAUGUUAUGCAAAGUUUACAUUCCUUUAAGUAGUCCGAACAUUUUCAGACAUUUUCCAUUCCUUUUUUUUAUAUUUUUCAUAGAUGAAGAAAACACACAAGCUUCCAUAAUGUUCUGCUUUAUCAGACUGGGCAGCGUCUCAUGGGCUUUUGUUUAUAAGCAUUCAUAUUGCUUUUGCUGAUAGUGAUCUAGUGAUUUUGCUUUCCCAUGUUACAAACAUUUUGCCACUUUUUAUUUCAUCCUCAGUUACAGAAAAGCCAACCUUAUUUAACAACACUGCAUUUUGCUAAUUUAAAUGUACUUAUUAACUCUAAAAUUGAAGAAAUGCUAUGCUAGAUUAUGCAUUGAGAUCUGCUGAAAUACUCAAGUUUGAUUUGUGUAGAUGAUUCAUUUUAUAAUGUAUCUUUUUGUUUUGUAAUGUAUAAAAAGCCAGUUUGGACAAGUC